AUGGGAGAGCCGCGACACAGGUCUUCCGUCAAAGAGAUCAAAGACGCAUACGACCACAUCUUCAACUCGCGCGCGACGGUAUCGAAACUCAAAGAUGCCGCGCUGGGAUGCCGCCUGCUUCAACCGAGAGAUGGGAGUGCGGGUGUGGCGGGGCGAAGUCUCGCUUGGAAGGUCCUUGUUCUAGUCCCAACGGAGCCCCUGCAAGAUGGUGCGGACGUUGAGGCCGCGCCGCCUCUCAAGGCGUUGCGCGCCGCGCGGGAAGACUAUCGACGGCUACUCAUGACGAAGAUGCGCGCGCCGGAUGGGGGGUCGGGGGUGUCGCCUCCGCGGACGGAGCGGUCGGGGCAGAACUUGGAGACGAACAACCCGCUCAGUUUGCAUGAUGAGAAUCCGUGGCGGGAAUGGUUCGCGGCUAUGGAGCUGCGAAAGACGAUUUCCAGGAUGUUCCCUGACAUCGCGUACUUCCGGGACGCGGAAGUUCAAGCCGAGCUGACGAACGUCCUCUAUCUAUACUCCGAUAUGCACCCCCACAUUGGGUAUCGCCAAGGCAUGCACGAGCUCCUCGCACCAUUGUACUAUGCAAUCGACUACGACUGCCUUGCUGAAGACUCCGACGCUGAAGCCGAAGUCAAGGAGUUCUGCGCUCGUCCGUGGGUCGCCGCGGAUGCAUGGCUACUGUUUGACGUGUGGUACGAAUGGCAAGAGGGCAAGACGCAUGCCAUGCAAAGUGCUGGGAUCGAGCCUCAGAUCUACGGAAUCCGGUGGUUACGACUGCUGUUCACUCGAGAGUUUGGAAUGGAGGACGCGAUGGUGAUGUGGGACGGUCUGUUUGCUGUUGAUCCAUCAUUCGAUCUGGCAAUGUGGGUGUGUGUGGCGAUGCUGAUUCGCAUCCGGAACAAGCUCAUCCCCGCGGACUACAGCGGACAGUUGACGUUGCUCUUACGGUAUCCUUCAACCAUCGUUGCUGCGGGGGCGAUCCAGCGACUUUGGGGACCAUCACGCUACAAUACUCCUCAGCAGGCCCUCACACUCCAAAUGUCGCCAAGCCCAACGACUGGUGUUCCACCCCCCGUCUCACCUCCUGUCAUCGACGUCCGCGGCAAACACAGAGAAGUGGCUCCUUCACGGCUAUCAACGGCAUCAAUACGCCAUAAGCCCGCCCCCAGGCAAUCGAUGCAUGAGCGUCAAACGUCAACACCGAAGAAUCUGCCGGAGUCAUUUGCGCAGUCUGGGGAUAACAAGACUGUUAUGAACGCGGUUUCAGAGCUCAGGAAGAACCUGCCGGAUCUCGCGACGGCUCUGAACCGAGAAAUCGAGCAGGAGGCGGCACAGCUCCGCGCGACCCAUCAGAAGCUUGGCGACGCGGUUGGAUGGAUUGUGGACACCCUGCUCCUGGACGUAGGCGAAGCCAAGGAUGAGGCACACAAGCGAUCCAUGCAGAACCGCAAACGCGAGGCUCUGGAAAGCUUGGCCUACGUACGAGAUGUUCUCAAGGGCGUCGUGACCGACGUGGAAGACGACCGGCUGGUCGGCGAAGAAGAGGCGAACCGUAGGCGGGAAAAGGAGAAGAAGGCACGCGAGGCGGCCGAAGACCUCACAGCGAUUCCUAUCAACGCUCGCCCGCAAGGCAUUGCUGCGCCUCGCCGGUCGAACGACUACUUCAUGCCCCAGGCGUCGGGGUCGAGUCCCCCUACGAAGAAGGCGCCCUUGUCUGCUUUACCGCCAGGCUCAUCGCAUACCGUUGGCCGCACGACAACCCCGUCAUCUCUCCCGGCAUCAAUCGCGACGUCGCCGAAACCCAACUUGUCGAGCUUCCACGCGCCGUGGAGUUACACGAAGUCCAAUUUCGAGAGCUCGGACUCGCCAAUCGCAACCUUGCCCCGCGUCCCCCGCGCACUUCGACGACGCUGGUUCUUCCGCGCGCACCUCCGCUCCCGCCAUCGUUCCUCAAGCCCCACCGGCGGCAAACGCCGGACCCUCCCACGAACAGAAGCAGGCGCCGUACGACCCUCUCGGCGCGUUGCGGUAGUUGUAGACUACAUAGAUGCGACUGGUUUGUAUGAGUAG